AUGAUAAAAUGGAGUUUUAUAAAUAAGAUAAUACACGAAGAACGUAAAGCUGGGCAUGCAGGUCAAGAAAAAGCCGCCAAAAAAAUGUUACAGGUUAGCAAUGCCGUAAUUCCAGAGUUCAAAAUUAAUGACUGCAUCACAAUUUCUGUUCCAAAAGUCGACAGAGGGCCAUCGGAUCCUGCUCGCGUGAUUGCUGUCAUUAUUGAAAAAAAAAAAUGA